AGUAGAUUGUUGAGCCGGACUUCGCAAAAUAGCGGGCAUAUGAAUUUCGAAAUACUAUUAAAUUCAAAUUAAUUCCGCAAUAAUAAGCCAAGUUUGUGUCUUUCCAGCUUCCCACGCCUCAGACUCCAUCCUCUCUCUCACACACAUACGCAGAGUGCACAAAUGUAGUCGCAAACACACCUUCGCCAUUUCUGCAAGCUUGCCAGAAUCAUAAGCCCUCGCCUCCGUUACACUGUUUCACACAAAAGAAAUAUCUCCACAAGAAACCCUCCACUUUUGCCCUUGAUUACGACAUACAUUACUCAUGGAGCCGAUGAUUGAUCCGAGCUCAUCAAUUCCGGAACUAAUCAAAUUUAUUAAGUACUCAUUUCGCAAAUGCGAGUUUGAUGAGGUGCAGAAUACAUUGAUGGAGCGGGAAAAAAGUAUGAAAGUUGAAAUGGAAAAGCUUGUCAGAGAAUGUGAUGAACUGAAGAAACAGGUUGAUUUCCUGGAGCGCUCUAAGGGCUAUUCGGAGUUGGAGAAAUGUGAUCUGGAGGAGAAGCUGAGAGAGAGUCAGAAGAAAGGUGAGGAGUUGGAUAAAAUGAUCGUCCAAACGAACGAGAAAUUUGAGAAAUUGAGGAGCGAAAAACACGAUGUUGAGAACGAGCUGGUAAGGAGUAUUGGAAAAUGCGAGGAGAUGGAUGAACGGCUCGCCAAAAUGGGGAAGGAGAUUGAGGAAUUAAGGCGAGAGAGCCUUUGUGCAAAUAAAACCAUAGAGGAGUUGAAGGCAAAGGAGAUUGAGGCUGAUCGCGUUGUGCAGGAACUGAAGCGCCAAAAUAAUGAGGCAGCAGCUGCUAUUGACACUGAACUGGAGAAGAAUAUGCAGAAUGGCGAGGUGAACCCGGAAGAAGAUAGGGCUACCGAGUCACCUGAAUUUCCUGCAAUUUCUGGUUCACACGCGAGUGUAAUGCAAUCGGGUGGUGAAGUGCCUGCAGAGAAGACAGUAUCUUCAUCUUCCGCUGCUGGAAAGGUUGUGAUCGUCAUAUGUGAUAGUGACAGCGAUGGUGAAACUUGUAUACCUGACACUUCGUCUGGGCAGACAAAGAGGAGGAAAAUAAGCACAUCUGCUACGCCAUCUAACUGUCAUUCAUUGCCCAGCAGCAGAAUUGAAGAAAGAGCUGGUGCUCUUCAAAAGUCUCGUACCGGACAUCGUAUUGAUUCUACAGAUUCAGAUGAUUCAAUCUCAGCUGGCUACACGAACAACCUCAUUGCGACGAUUGAAAGUAAAGGAAACAACAAAAAAGUAGGUACAGCUGCCUUGCCACCGCCUCGCUGCCCGUUGUUGUCGCCCCACUGCUCGUUGGCGCCGUCCCGUUGCACAACACCGGUUGUCGAGCACAAUAUAGCCGAGAGAGAUAAAGAGGUGAAAGAACGGUCGGACAGUGGUGAGAAACAUAUUUGGAGUUCAUUCACGCGAGAGAAUCUGUCUGAGAACAAAUCCAUGGCAGCUUCAUCUUCUCAACAGGCGGAUGUCCCAUAUCUUCGUUCCGACACUAUUGACCAUACGGAGGUAGCUAUCAGCACAUACUAUAGGGAUUCUUCUUUUCCGGACCUGAUGCGCACUUUAAUUUUGGUCGGCAAUGAGUGCAAUGAAGGGUUAUUGGGAAGAUUUAGAGAGUCAUGUUUUGGGCAUUUCACUGAUUGGAGACCCGGCAUGAAGAGCAAUAGAGCAUUGCACCAUAUUGUAUCGAGGCAGAUUGUGUCAGAAGACGAUGAGAUGUGCUUCUUUCUGUGCGGAGCACGAGUCAGAUUUUCCCCCACGGACUACGCAUUAGUGACUGGGCUCAAUUUCGGUCCAACGAUGUUCGAUGCGACAUUACAGCACGACUGUAGUCGCGUGGAGGCAUACCGACGAUUCUGCGGUGGGCGAACCAUGACCAUACACGCGCUCAUUAAACGCGUGUGCAAUUUGGAUCGUCGAGUAGAUGAUGAGGAUGGGAGCCUGUACCUUCGUGCUGUCCUCGUGUGUGUGGCUCACACCAUUGUUCUUGGGUUGGAUACGCGGGUACAGCCGUGGCUUUGGGUGUUGGUGGAUGAUCUGGAUGCAUUUGAUAGAUUCCCCUGGGGCGCGUAUUCAUAUAAGACGUUAUGCCAUUAUACGACAGAGAUAGGAACCGGCGAGAAGUAUCACUUCUACGGUCCUUCGUGGGCUUUAUAUGUCUGGGCAUUGGAGCGCGUCCCGGGCUUCGAACAGAUGGUGGCAGCAUCUAGUGGUGAUCCGACAGCGUACCCUCGAUGUUUGAGAUGGAAUUUCAGGGGUAAGCCCCGGCUUCAUGGUUUGCGAGAUCUAUUUGAGGGACAGGGUGGUGUCCUGGGUCUGAACCCCGAUCAACACGAGAUGAAGAGUAACUACUUCAUAUCAGCGCUGACACCGGGCGAACUCUCGGUGAGAUUCAAAUCCCCUGAGAACCCAUUAGCUCGGGGUGUCCAAUUUCCACAGCACACCAGAGCUCGUGUUGUGGAGGAGCGCGGGGACGAGGAGGAUGUAGCUAGACAACCUCGUAUGACUCGCAGUCAGAGUGUUCGGGGCCCUGUGAGGGAUGCUCGACCCCACGAGCCGGCUCGUCAUUCAGUAGAUCCGGGAAACUGCGAAACUGCGAAUGCCCGAUUCACUAGACUUGGUUUUACAUAGUGUUGUAUAUUGUUAUAUUCAUGUGUGGUUUAUUUGGUUAUUCAACGAACUUUAUUUCCAGUUAA